AUGGAUGUGUCUUUCAUUGUGAGGGGGUUAAGAUUGCUGGGUAUCUUUUUCAUUGCCAAAGUGUUUCGGAUUGCUGGCUGCCCUCACGGAUGCAAUUGUAGUCAGUUUUUAAUCAACUGCACGGGGGCUCAGCUCCAACAGUUCCCAAAAGACAUUCCACUCAACAUCAAGCAACUGAUUUUUUCCAACAACGACAUCUCCAGGCUCCCCAGCGUCCACCUCAACUAUCUGGGCGGCCUGGUGUACCUGGACAUCAGCAACAACUCCCUGACAGAGAUCUCGCAAAGCUCCUUUCUCAACAUGCAGAUGCUGGUGUACCUGGAUCUCAGCCGCAAUUACUUGCGGAGGAUCACGCACUUCACCUUCAAAUAUCUGACCAACAUAUUGGUGCUGAAAGUGAGCAGGAACAAGGAGCUGACUUUCAUCGACAACCGGGCGCUCGCAGCAAACUCGAAACUGCAAGAAAUUGACUUCAGCGGAAAUGAUUUAACAUUCAUUGAUGUCAACCUGCUGGCAACUCUUCCACACCUGAGGUCGGUGCGUCUUGCUGGAAACCCGUGGACGUGUAACUGCAAAACGGAAUACUUAAUUAGCUGGAUGAGAAGACACAGGAGAAUUAUUCCAGAUGCUGCUGACAUCACUUGUGCAUUUCCAGAUUCUUUGCAAGGAGUCCUUGCCACAGAAGCUGCAGAUCAACUUUUCCCACUUUGUCAUAGGAAAAGGGAAUUUAAAUUGAAAGAAGUCCUUUAUUUUUGCCUUAUUGGCCCAGGACUAUUUUCUGCAAGCAUUGCACUCAAUUUGACUUUCAGUUUAUUGAUGGUUCAUUUCAAGAGGAUCAAGAAAAAAGAGCUGAAACGUUAUCGCAAACUCCGCAGGACCAUUUCGCUUAAAUAUUCCAAGCGGCCUAACGUGAUUACUCAACAAAUCAAUACCAAAGUCUUCACGAAUGGGAGCACUGCAGUAGGAAUGGAAGUCAAUCGAUGACUUUACAUCUGAGUUUUUACUGUGAAAAGAUGGUCCAUAUGGAGAGUGUGCUAAGCUGGCACAAGAGAUGUUAAGUAACAGUUACAGUAUUGCCUUAAUGCCUACACAAUCAGAAAACCAUCAUAAUCAACUGGACUUACAACUGUUAUUCUGAAAUUCCAUUUUGUAGCAUGUUGAAUCUCAGUGAUUUCUGCACAUUUAUUUGUUUCUAAAUCAUAUUGGAAAACAGAAUCAUCCAGAUUUUAUGACUCAAAAUUUUGCAAAUGAAAUUUGUUAAUAGUGUGAUCUUAUUUUAUUACUAUAUUGUUAGAUAACUUAGAACUGUUAACAUUGGACCUGUUUUGACCAUCUCCUUGCAAACCAAUGGACUGCCAUAAUAAUUCAUUUUACAUGUAGGGAGUAAAUUUGAAACAA